CACUGGACCGCAGCCAGUCCCCCUUGCUCCCUCGCGCACCUUUCUCCAAUGGCCCAAACCCUCCCCGACCGAACCGGUAGCACGCACUUGGCAUAGCCGAGAGCGCUGCGGGGAACCAGGGAGCUCGAGGAAUGGGCACAAUCCCAACACCCUGGACGCGAGACUACGAACGAACUGGUCCUCACACGGCAAUUGCGACGUCGAUGCCCGUGCCCGUUGGCCAGCCAGUGUGUGAGGGAUAGGGAUCCGCCCUGCAAUUUUCCACUCGAUAUUAUCCUGAAUUCAUCGCGACCGACCGGCCUCCCACCGGUGACGAGACGAGGUAACAAGGUAUAUAUUCGUGGGCUCUGCUCCCAAACACACCUCGUGGGAAAAAAGACGCAAGAAGAGAUCCGACACUUUUGUCCCCUCCCCUCCCACCAAGCGCAAGUUCCCCCGCCCCCCUUCGACGAACCGAGUCUUAGACAGUAGUGUUCUGAUCCUUUGCUGUGCACGCCAUCUCCAUUACAAAUCACCUUUCCCCCUCGAUACAACAGCCUAGUCUAUCCAAUCCCCUGAAACGCUUCGACAAACGUAAAGAUGGGUGACGCCGGUAUGCCUCGAUCGCUCCGGGAGAGCUUGGACAACACAAAGGUCAGCUAUGUCCAACUCGGCGCUUCUGGCCUGAGAGUUUCCAUCCCCAUCCUAGGCGCCAUGUCCUUUGGUCACAAAGACUGGCAACCAUGGGUCAUCGACGAUGAGGCAGAGGUGGAAAAGCUGCUCAAGGGCGCCUACGACCGAGGCCUCAACAGCUGGGACACCGCCAACGUGUAUUCGAAUGGCAAGUCAGAGCGCAUGAUCGGCCGGGUCAUCAAGAAGCACAACAUCCCCCGUCAUAAACUGGUCCUUCUCAGCAAAUGCUUCGGCACCGUCGGCGAGGAGCCUGCCGUUGUGCACAUCAAGUACCCCGAUCAGAUCAAGAAGAGCAAAGACUACGUCAACCAGGGCGGUCUGAGCCGUGCGGCCAUCUUCAAUGCCGUGGAGGCGAGCUUGGAGAGGCUGGGCACGAGCUAUCUUGACGUACUCCAGAUCCACCGCUUUGAUCGGACUGUGCCGGUCGAGGAAACCAUGAAGGCUUUGCACGACCUCGUGCAGGCGGGCAAGGUUCGAUACAUUGGUGCAAGCAGCAUGUGGGCGUACCAAUUCGCCAAGAUGCAGAACUGCGCCGACGUGCACGGGUGGACCAAGUUCGUGUCGAUGCAGAACCACUACUCGCUGUGCUACCGCGAGGAGGAGCGCGAGAUGAACCCCUACUGCCACGAGACGGGCGUGGGCCUGAUCCCCUGGGCGCCGCUGUACCGCGGCCUGCUGGCGCGGCCGCUGGGCUCCGAGGCCACGGUGCGCGAGGAGAGCAUGAAGGGCAACCCGAUGUUCGGCGGCCUGGACCCGGCGGACCGCGAGAUCAUCAAGCGCGUCAUGGAGCUGGCGGACAAGAAGGGCUGGAAGAUGUCGCACGUCGCCCUGGCCUGGAUCAUCCAGAAGGGCACCAUCCCCAUCGUCGGCUUCAGCAACCUGGCCCGCCUCGACGAGGCCGUCGCCGUCCGCGGCAAGGUCCUGACCGAGGACGAGAUGAAGUACCUCGAGGAACCCUACAAGCCCAAGCCCAUUGUUGGCCAUUCGUAAACACUCCCCCCCUGCCUCUUUCUUUUCCUGCACGAGCCGUUCUCCCCGGGAGUGAGGGAUUGAGAUUGGAGAGUAGCGUGUCCAUUGGACGAGAGAGAGUGUGUGUGUGAGAGCAGAGACCUUCUCUACGUCUGUCUCGUCAGGGGAAAAGAGUAAACAGGGCAAGAGGAACACCAAUGGUCAAACUCCGCCAGUUUUGAGGGAUGAGAUGGAUGGACCAACCAAAGACUCGAUGGGGGCCAAUGGAUGGCAGCACUCCAAAACCAGAGCAAGUAGGGCAAGUCAAGGACACAAACAACCACACAGAAACAUCUAGAAUGGAAGGUAUCAGGGUAGACAAUCAUCAAUGGCCAGAACAAAGUCUCAAUCUGAGAACUCCAUUCGAACCGAGUAUAUAUUCUUCUUCAA